GGUACAGCUGCGGUCCGUACACAUUCUCACCUGAGCAGACCCGAACAGGAAACCUCUGAAGAUGAUCAAAGCCUUGGUGUCCGUGCUCCUGGUCCUGGCGGCCGUGUCCUCUGCCUUUGGGAAAUACAUGCCAAAGACUGGCAAGAGGAUCCCUCAGACUCUGUCUCGAGGUUGGGGUGAUCAGCUGGUCUGGGCUCAGACCUACGAGGAGGGUCUCUACUGGUCCAGGUCAAGGAACAAGCCUCUGCUGGUCAUCUUCCACCUUGAGGACUGCCCCCACAGUCAGGCACUCAAGAAGGUUUUCUCUGAUGACAACCAGAUCCAGAAAACUCUUGAUGAUGACUUCAUCGUCCUCAAUCUGGUGUAUGAAACCACAGACAAACAUCUCUCUCCUGAUGGACAGUACGUUCCCAGAAUCAUCUUCGUCGACCCCUCCAUGACAGUGAGGGCUGACAUCACUGGUCGCUACGCCAACCGCAUGUACGCCUACGAACCAAGUGACAUCAGACUCUUGAUUAGCAACAUGCAGAAGGCCAAGAAGCUCCUCAAGUCUGAGCUGUGAGCGCGAGGACGAGACGCAGGCUCAACCAGAGACCUGAUCCGGGGUCAGCGUCACCACAGACGCCAACAACACGCGGCCACCACAGUUUACACAAAGAAAAAUAAGCACUGGAAAGUUUCCUCUCUUCGCCUUCACCUGAAAAGUUUCCCCCUCCCGAUUCUUACCUUUGUUGUUAUUGCUUUUCAUCCAUAGUGUCUUUUAAAUAAAUAUGGAACUGUUCACUCA